AGAUCCAAAAUGGCUGCUGUGUAAUGAUGUAAUGUCUCAGGGAACGACUUGUCGUGUCAGUCAUCCUUUCAGUUACUUAUCACUCACUCUAUCAUUCCCUGUGUCAUUUUAGUUACUUCUGCUGGUGUCCAAAAUGCGUUUGAUACUUGGCAAAGGCACCAUAGACCACGUGAGGACCAUUCUCGGUCCAACCCGGAAGUGUUAUACAACGUCGUCUGCUAAUGUUGUUUUCGUCGAAGACUUGAAUUUCGUUCCUCCAACCGACUCGGCUACCUCUGACGACAUCAGCAGGCUCCAGGAGUUCGUCCACGCUUCCAAACGGCUGUUGGUGAUCACAGGAGCCGGACUGUCCACUGAGUCCGGUCUCCCAGACUAUCGUUCUGUCAAGAGCCCGCCUCGGGCCGGCAAAGACAGACCCGUCAUCGGGCCUGUUAUGUACCAAGAUUUCGUGAAGGACACACACGUUCGGCAGGGGAACUGGGCUAGAAACUACGUAGGAUGGCCCGGGUUCUCGUCACACCGGCCUAACGUUUCUCACCGGGCACUUGUGCAGUGGGAGCGGCAGGGUAAACUCCACUGGCUGGUGACACAGAAUGUGGACGAUCUACACAGGAAAGCCGGGAGUGAGCGGAUGACAGAGCUCCAUGGAAGCGCGUUUAGGGCGGCAUGUCUGUCCUGUAAGCACGUGGUACCGAGGUCCGGGUUACAACAGGUGAUAUCGAACAUGAACCCGCACUGGGAGGCGGUGCCGUUCGAGAUCAGGCCGGACGCCGACGUCGCCCUGACUCCGGAACAGAUAGAGGGGUUUAGAGCGCCGCACUGCGGAAAAUGUGGCGGACCCCUGAAGCCUGACAUGGUGUACUUCGGGGAGUGCGUGCCCAAGGACACGGUCCAACUGGUCUUUGAAAAACUGGAGGAGUCUGACAGUAUACUGGUGGCAGGGUCUUCACUACAGGUGUAUUCGGCCUACAGGUUUGUGUCCGCCGCUCACAAACAGAACAAACCCGUGGCCAUCCUGAACAUCGGACCCACACGAGCGGACAAUCUAGCGGCGCUGAAGAUCAACAGUAGAUGCGGGGACGUCCUGACAAAGCUAAAAGUCUAAUGUUGGAGACUCGUAGAUCGUUAUUAUUGUUUAAAUUUUUAUGUUUACAUAGAGUGUUAUAGCAGUUAUACUAAGAAAU